AUGGGCAAGUGGAUUCAUCGUCCCCGCCGUAGAUUCUGCCGUCAGGAAAAGCUUCCGGACCCAUCGCCUCUGCCAUUUCACCCUCAACCUCCUCCUCCUUCUGGGAGUCGGCAGGAUGGUAUACCUUAUUGGGAAAAGCAGUACUGCACAUUGGUUGGGUCUAUACCAUGGUGGAAGGUAGUAGAUGCAAAAAAUUAUAUGUAUGGAAGUAGUAUUAUACUCAAUUGGAAUGACUCAGGUGCAGAGGAGGCAUUUCAAAAUGCAAAAAAGCGCUUUUGGGCAGACAUCAAUGGUCUCCCCUUUGACGCAUCUCUGCCUGAUCCAAAUAUUUAUAUUGAUGCAAUAGAUUGGAACCCUAACAUCGAUCCUGCACUCAUUAAGGAAGUGGAUCGAGAGUACUUUGCUCCUGAUGAGGGAGAAGGGCAAGGCAAGAUUGAGCAAACAAACAAGAGGGCAAAAUAUUCAGAUUUUGUUCCUCCCGAUGAACAUAACACUGUCCCCGAUACUCAUACAAAUUCUUGGGAAUGUGAUAACAUUCAGGGUAGUGGACAUUUGAUAAAUAAAGCUCCAGGCAGGAACCAGUGGAAAACUAAUCGUGACGACCCUUGGGAACGUGGAAUUACUCAGGGCAAUGGAACUACUGAGACGGAGAAGAAUGCAUGGGAAGAUAGAAGGAAUGAGUCGCGGGGAUGGAACCAGAUGGAGGACGGUAUCACCGUGCCAAAGAGUUGGGAUAAUGGUGUCAAUCCUUGGGAAGGAGGCUGUCAGGAUGUUGCCUCUGUGAAAGGUAGUAGAUGGGCUGAUCCGGUGUCUAAUUCUUGGGGCUGCGACCAGGAGUCAAAGAACUUGGGUCGUGGUGAAAAUUCUUGGAAGUAUGGUCCUAGUCAAAACAGCAAAUCUCUAAAAGAUAGAGAAUGGAGAGAUCGUAGAGGAGAUGAAUGGGGUCAGAAACAGUGGGAGAGCCAUAAUAACCAGAAAAAUAAUUUGGAUUUUGGGAUAACAAAUAGUGGUCGGGGAGCAAGGAACGAUGGUGGCUAUAAGAGGGGACACCCUCACCAGUAUAGAUCAGGCUAUAAAGGCUCAAGAUUGCAAGGGAGUGAUUAUCAAACAGGUAACUACUGGAGUAGGGAAAAUAACAGAAAGAGGGUCAGUUUCGCCUAA